AUGCAACGGAAAAAGGUGGCAGCACCGCCUCUGUUGACUGAAAAACGGACCAUUCGAGAGAUCAAUAUACCCAUCAAACAGGAUGAAGAAUUGCGAUCUGUAAAUGAUCAAUUAAAGAAAAAGGUACCCACUGUCAGCAACCUAUGGGAACAACAGCAGCAUGCUCCCGAUGACAGUGGUAGCAGCAGCGGUAAUGUGCAUCCCUAUCCUCUCAAUCCAAUCUACAAAUCCAACAAGAAAUCACCAUCGCAGAGUGAUCCCGUACUGAACAAUUGGUACGACAAUUUCCAACAGGCAGCUACCUCGCACACAACAACCACAUCCCCCACUUCUCCCACACCAAAGAACAAAUCAACGCUUGUAACACCACAAGAGAAAGCCGAGUACAUUCAGCACAUCAAUCACUCCAAUGUGACGCCUACCAAGAAACCAUCGCUAUUGCUGUCAUCGAUAGGCUUUUUUAAAAAGAAGAAGAGUGCUACUGCAGAUAAUCCACGCAAUAAAAAGAGAUUGUCAUUGAGCCAUGCAGCGACGGAUUCACUCAUACCAACAACAACACAGACACCAGCCCUCCACCAUAAUAAACAGCAACCACUGGACGAACCUCCAAGUCCAAUGUUUAGUCCUAUUGACUUUUACUACUCGCCUGCUGUCAUUGAUAGAAAUUUGAAAACAGCAACGACUGGCAUCAUACCUCCUCUUCCACCACCACCAGAACCACCGGCACCCACAUCACCCUAA